AUGCCCGAGCCUCAAAGUGAGCCCCUGGGUCAGAUACAUUCUAUCCGGCGCUCGGUUACUUUCCCCACGAAGUUAAUUCCGCAGUCGAUACGCGGUUCCGGUGCGCCAAAUCCAAAUGUCGCAGAGAACGUCAUUUUCUAUCAUCCCUCGGCGAAGAUAGUUCACUUCGCUCCCAGGGCUCUAGCCCCUAUUCCGUCCAGCUCUGCGCCUACCGAUUUUGAUUAUCCCGUUGAUACCAUCGAAACCCACCCCUGGCGCUCUGCGACGGAGCGGACCGUCGCAACUGCGCCACUGAGACUCGAGAAGGUUCAUGGACUGACCGUGUUCCUGAAAUGUGGAAAUGUCGUCCAUGCGAUUCUGAAGAACUCUCAGUGCUGGUGUGUGGAUGGAGUUUCGAAAUUUGUCCUGCGCAUUCGCCCUCUCACGUAUUAUCGCAUCGAGAUACCCUAUGAAACACAGGAGGAUAAAGGGCUAGUGGAGGAGUUGAAGGUUGCGUUACCAACAGUACUCCGAUAUGAAGUCACUCCAUGUCCUUUUAAGCGGGAGUUCACGGUCGAGCUCCCCGAGGAAGCUAUGGCGCCGAGGCGCAAGAAGGCCUGGCGUCCCAAAGUUCGGAAAGAUAACGUGACGGCAUCAUACGGGAGCGAGCAAGGUCCUUCAGGAGAUAUCAAACAAGAGUGGCUUGAGUCUGCCAGUACCGGGGAUGACACUGAUGGAGCCGCAACCGACGAUAGUGCAGUAACACCCGAGCGGUCUGACAGUAUAACUUCGGAGUCUUUGCUAGCGCAUGAGACAUCACAUCCUCUCAGUCUAUCCGAUCCUCCACAGCUGAGGGUUAUAAAACGAUCGUUUACCGAAACACCGCAAACAUUCAGCAGCCUUCGGGCGAAGUUUGAUGUUCCUACGGUCCCAGAAGAGCAGCCCAAUACUGAACCUGUGCCCGAAGAGCCUUUGGUUGAAUCAAAGCCUUUCUCUGUGAUCGUGGCCGAAUCAGAACCUGUGGACAAUAAGCCCAGAGAGCCAUUGAUUGAAUCGGAGCCAGUGCCAGUGCCAGCGCCUGACUUUGAAUCUGAAUCUGAACCUAAGCUUGCUCAACCUGCACCGGUUCAGCCUCGAUCUACCGAGCCCCUUAAACCUUUACAUAUAAAGCCGGAGUCCCCAGUGUCUCCCCAAGAAAACGAUGGGCCUGCCGAGGUGAUCACAUACACAGAUCCACCCGCUGAAGCCGACAAAGAAGCAGUCCAAAUUUCGCCAUCUUGUGCAGACUGUAACUCCACCAAGGUCGAAAGAAAUUUUGUUAGCAAUAUAGUUGUGGCUACUGACUCGAGAAUUGAGCUACCAGAAACCGUGUCGGGUGAAACUAAGCAUGAUGAUUUGGAGCCCAUAACCACCAAAGAUAAAUCAUCAGAGCCUAGCAAGGCGAAUACUUCCUCCGAACUUGAAUCUAAGGGUGAUGAGGUCGCUGACGUUAUUCCUAUUGAAGCUGAGCCCACUGAACCCCCAGUAGGCGAGAGCGAAACGGCCGAUUCCAGCCAAGAUCAUGCUCUAGCCUAUUGCCAGAUCUCCAAGGGUGAACCAGUGGAUGAGAUCGUCACUGCCGCAUAUGAAAAUGAUCCCAAUCAUUCGUUCUCAUCCACACCUGAAUCUUUCCAUUCAGCAGAACCCCACUCACCAUCUGAUUCAAUCUCCACCCAUGCUACUUCCUGGGGCUCUCCUAGCACGGUGCAGAAAUAUAAGAUAGACCGUGACCAAGAUUUAUCGUCACUAUCUCCAACUCCAUCAUCACUACCAUCUGAUAUACCUACCACCAGCCCUGUCUUGAAAGCCGACAUGUCAAUGAAAGACAAGCCGUCCAAGAUUGAUAAAUAUCAAUUGGCUCGAGAAGAUCCAUCGCAACCUUCAUUGAACCCUCCAUCGAACUCGAGACAAUCCACCGCAAAAUCCUCGUCGCCAUCGGAUCUUUCUCAUAUGAGUACCGAGUUCCGUCGCCGUGCACAAGCGACCAGAGAACGCGACGUCUCCCCGAUGCCGGCCUCGUCCGCUUUAUACCGACCGACACCUGGUGAAGAAGCCGCCUCGCUGAUUUCCAAGGCAUUGGCCCUGGUGUUGGUACCACCCAUUCAUCUAUUCAUCGUUUUGCUCCACAUUGCCGCGCGAAUUGUCAUCAAUCCAUCUGCUGGUUCCUCCAGAGCCGAAUUCUCCAGAUCACAGCCGUCUUCUAAAGCUACUGUUCCAGAAGAUGACUUCAGUUUUCCUCUUCAACGUGAACCGUCUUCUGAUUACGAAGAUGCCCAAAUGACGAAAAAGCUGGAUCCGUGGGAUCUUGAUUAG